UACUGAUAGUGAUAACAAAACAAGACUCAUUUACCGACAUUGUGAGUGCAGUUAUUUUUUCCAAAAAGUGUCCAUUCUCCUCGAUUUCAUAAUGCAGGUCCGACUUCCCUUUGCGCUGCUUCUGUGUUUCAUUGUCCCGUCCUUUCAACGAUGCACUUCGACCAUUGCGACAACUCAGUGCGAUUCUGCAUCGUUUUCACGUGGACAUCCGGUGUCUUUGGGGUCCUACAAAAACCUCUUACAAUUCAAGGGAACCAACAUCGAAGAAAUACCUGCAGGAACGUUCCGUCUGUUGCCAGAAGUCACCACACUUUAUCUUAGUUUUAACGCAAUUAAAAAGUUAGAGCCGGGCUCCUUCGAGGGCUUAAGAAAACUAAAUCAACUGAUCCUAAAUCACAACAGUUUAGAAAGCAUCAGUAACGGAGUGUUUCGAGGCUGCGACAACCUGAAGGUGCUUGAUUUAGGAGCGAAUAAAAUUAAGGUUAUUGAGAGAAAUGCUUUUACCGAACUCAUAAAUUUAGAAGAAAUCGUUCUGUCGUUCAAUCAGUUGGAAAGUGUUCCUGGAAGCCUGGGCGCUUUAGUCGCAGUGAAAAAAAUAGAUUUGUCUAAUAAUAAAAUCAAGUUCGUAGCAUCGAACGCUUUCGCUAAGUUGAAUUCUUUGGAAGUUUUAACUUUGGAAAGCAAUAAAAUUCGGUACGUUCAAGACGAUGCCUUCAAGGGUUUGAACAAAGUGGAGGAGAUUAAUCUAAAGGACAACUAUUUGUCGAAUUUAAAUGCUGCCAAUCUUAUAAAUAACUUGAAGUCGCUGAAAACAAUAAAACUUAGUGUAAAUGAUUUCGUCUGUAAGACACUAACGGCCAUUAUUGAAGAAUUCGAAGCGAGGAAUAUCAAAGUGACGCAUGGAGUCUCCAGAUCGAAUGUUACUGUAAAUGGAAUCGCUUGUAAAUUGUAAUAAAUUUUUACUCUCGUGA